GUUAUGCAGUUAGGCUACUCUGCUGCAUCCCACACCGCUGUCAAUAUGCGUGUUUUGUGGGGUGGAUUUAUUAUCUAUUUCAUUGCAAUUUAGAACAAUGGUCCGGCAUCCUUUUGCUAGGUAGAAGCAAGCUAGUAGGCUAUGACUCAGAGAGCUAUCCGUUUGAACAAAAUGAUUGAACAUGGCAUUCGACAGAAUUUGCUAUGCCUUAGCACCAUCACAAACCAGUUGAGUGCUGAACAUAUUUGAAUGAGAGAUCAUGAGAACAUAUGAAAGUUGGUGGUUCCUUUUAACAUGAGACUUGAAUAUUCCAAGUGGGCUUAGGCGGCCAUGGACCUGUUCAGCCAGCUCAUCCUUGUCAUCUCGGUCACCAGUUUCCUCUCCUUCCAGUGGCUCUUCCACCGGGUCAGUCCCUGGGUCUCCAGCCGUGUCAGCCCUGGCUUCUUACGCCUUGCAGACAAGCAGAAGGUGGAGUGGAACUCAAGGACAGUGUCCACGCUUCAUGCCCUUGUGGUGGGACUCUUCUGUCUCUACAUCCUGCUCUUUGAUGACGCCAUCAACGAAGACCCCGUCUGGGGAGAUCCCACACUUGUGAAGAUAAAUGUUGGCGUGACAACAGGCUACCUCAUAUCUGAUCUGCUGCUAAUAUUUUACUAUUGGAAGGCGAUAGGCGACAAGUUUUUUGUAGUGCACCACCUGGCAGCGUUAUAUGCUUACUACUAUGUACUGGGACACGGAAUGUUGCCUUAUUUUGCUAACUUCCGUCUGCUUGCAGAGUUCUCCACGCCGUGUGUCAACCAGCGCUGGUUCUUUGAAGUGUUAGGUUACUCCAAGUCCUCCAGGCCCAACAUCGCUAAUGGGAUGGCCAUGGCCGUUGUCUUCUUCCUGGUUCGCAUUGCCGUCAUGCCCCUCUACUACAGCCGCAUGUGGUCCGUGUAUGGCACCGAAGCCUUCUACCGUGUCCCGCCGGAAGGCCGCGCCGCCUGGAUCAUCUCCAGCAUCUGUCUGGAUGUCAUGAACGUCAUGUGGAUGCACAAGAUCGCCCGCGGCUGCUACAAGGUCAUGCGCUCGGCCCGACGACACAAAGUGGGGACACAGGAGAACGGAAAGGCUGAAUAAAAAGCAAGAGGAUGGUUGAUGUUAUGGGUAAGGAGAGCCCCUUGAACCACUGUCUCCUUUUAGUGCACAAUUGGAUUAGUAACUUUACCAGACUGGGACUACUGUUUCAGUGUCAACUAACUUACGAAAAGCUUGCACUGACUGAACUUUAUGGUAGUAGACGCAGGACAUUGAUGUGGACAAAGGGGCAAUAUCUUGGGCAGUGAUGUGUAUAACUGCCUCUUAGCAAUACUUCCUGUGCAUGGCAAAUGUAUUUUUCUGUUGCAUUUUAUCACAAAACAGCGUGUCUGGGAUGAAGUCUGUUUUCCCCAAACGCUUCACUAAGUCAAACGUUUACUGCUUGUUCUAGACCAUAGACUCAAAUGUGUGAAUGGUCCUGUGCUCCCCAAAACAACUUGAAGCACCUCCCUUUAAGUCGGAAGUUUACAUACACCUUAACCAAAUACAUUUCAAUUCAAGUGUAUAUAAGUUUUUCACAAUUCUUGACAUUUAAUCCUAGUAAAAAUUCCCUGUCUUAGAUCAGUUAGAACCACCACUUUAUUUUAAGAAUGUGAAAUGUCAGAAUAAUAGUAGAGUGAUUUAUUUCAGCUUUUAUUUCUUUCAUCAGAUUCCCAGUGGGUCAGAAAUUUACAUACACUCAGAGGUCGACCGAUUAUGAUUUUUCAACGGCGAUACCGAUACCAAUUAUUGGAGGACAAAAAAAGCCGAUACCGAUUAAUCGGACGAUUUUUAAAAUGUAUUUGUAAAAUUGACAAUUACAACAAUACUGAAUGAACACUUAUUUUAACUUAAUAUAAUACAUCAAUAAAAUCAAUUUAGCCUCAAAUAAAAAAUGAAACAUGUUCAAUUUGGUUUAAAUAAUGCAAAAACAAAGUGUUGGAGAAGCAAGUAAAAGUGCAAUCUGUGCCAUGUAAGAAAGCUACCGUUUAAGUUCCUUGCUCAGAACAUGAGAACAUAUGAAAGCUGGUGGUUCCUUUUAACAUGAGUCUUCAAUAUUCCCAGGUAAGACGUUUUAGGUUGUAGUUAUUAUAGGAAUUAUAGGACUAUUUCUCUCUAUACAAUUUGUAUUUCAUAUACCUUUGACUAUUGGAUGUUCUUAUAGGCACUUUAGUAUUGCCAGUGUAACAGUAUAGCUUCUGUACCUCUCCUCGCUCCUACCUGGGCUCGAACCAGGAACACAACGACAACAGCCACCCUCGAAGCAGCGUUACCCAUGCAGAGCAAGGGGAACAACUACUCCAAGUCUCAGAGCGAGUGACGUUUGAAACGCUAUUAGUGUGCUCCCCGCUAACUAGCUAGCCAUUUCACAUCACAUCGUUGCACCAGCCUAAUCUCGGGAGUUGAUAGGUUUGAAGUCAUAAACAGCGCAAUGCUUGACGCACAACAAAGAGCUGCUGGCAAAACGCACGAAAGUGCUGUUUGAAUGAAUGCUUAUGAGCCUGUUGGUGCCUACCAUCGCUCAAUCAGACUGCUCUAUCAAAUCAUAGACUUAAUUAUAACAUAAUAACACACAGAAAUGCGAGCCUUAGGUCAUUAAUAUGGUCGAAUCCGGAAACUAUCAUCUCGAAAACAAGACAUUUAUUCUUAUACACUGACUCUGCGAACAAUGAACGCAAGAGAAGUGACACAAUUUCACCUGGUUAAUAUUGCCUGCUAACCUGGAUUUCUUUUAGCUAAAUAUUCAGGUUUAAAAUUGUAUACUUCUGUGUAUUGAUUUUAAGAAAGGCAAUGGUGUUUAUGGUUAGGUACACGUUGGAGCAACGACAGUCCUAUUUCGCGAAUGCGCACUGCAUCGAUUAUUUCAGGACACGCUAGAUAAACUAGUAAUAUCAUCAACCAUGAUUAAGUUUAAUGCUAGCUAGCAACUUACCUUGGCUUCUUACUGCAUUCGCGUAACAGGCGGGCUCCUCGUGAGGCAGGUGGUUAGAGCGUUGGACGAGUUAACUGUAAGGUUCUUACUGCAUUCGCGUAACAGGCGGGCUCCUCGUGAGGCAGGUAGUUAGAGCGUUGGACGAGUUAACUGUAAGGUUCUUACUGCAUUCGCGUAACAGGCGGGCUCCUCGUGAGGCAGGUGGUUAGAGCGUUGGACGAGUUAACUGUAAGGUUGACAGAUUGAAUCCCUGAGCUUACAAGGUAAAAAUCUGUCGUUCUGCCCCUGAACAAGGCAGUUAACCCACCAUUCCUAGGCCGUCAUUGAAAAUAAGAAUGUGUUCUUAACUGACUUGCCUAGUUAAAUAAAGAAUAAAUAAAGGUGUAAAAAAUGUUUUUUUUAAAUCAGGGUCCAAAAUUACCGAUUUCUGAUUGUUAUGAAAACCUGAAAACGGCCCGAAUUAAUUGCCCAUUCCGAUUAAUCGGUCGACCUCUACCCUCAAUUAGUAUUUGGUAGCAUUGCCUUUAAAUUGUUUAACUUGGGUCAAACGUUUCGGAUAGCUUCUCACAAUACGUUGGGUGAAAUUUGGCCCGUUCCUCCUGACAGAGCUGGUGUAACCGAGUCAGGUUUGUAGGCCUCAUUGCUCGCACACGCCUUUUCAGUUCUGCCCACAAAUAUUCUAUAGGAUUGAGGUCAGGGCCUUGUGAUGGCCACUCCAAUACCUUGACUUUGUUGUCCUUAAGCCAUUUUGCCACAACUUUGGAAGUAUGCUUGGGGUCAUUGUCCAUUUGGAAGACCCAUUUGCGACCAAGCUUUAACCAAGCUUUUAACGUUGCUUCAAUAUAUCCACAUAAUUGUCCUUCUCCAUGAUGCCAUCUAUUUUGUGAAGUGCACCCAGUCCCUCCUGCAGCAAAGCACCCCCACAACAUGAUGCUGCCACCCCCGUGCUAAACGGAUGUGAUGGUGUUCUUCGGCUUGCAAGCCUCUCCCUUUUUCCUCCAAACAUAAUUAUGGCCAAACCGUUCUGUUUUUGUUUCAUCAGACUAGAGGACAUUUCUCCAAAAAGUACAAUCUUUGUCCCCGUUUGUAGUUGCAAACCGUAGUCUGGCUUUUUUAUGGCGGUUUUGGAGCAGUGGCUUCUUCCUUGCUGGGCAGCCUUUCAGGUUAUGUCCAUAUAGGACUCAUUUUACUGUGGAUAUAUAUACUUUGUACCCGUUUCCUCCAGCAUCUUCACAAGGUCCUCUGCUGUUGUUCUGGGAUUGAUCUGCAUUUUUCGCACUAAAGUACGAUCAUCUCAAGGACACAGAACGCGUCUCCUUCCUGAGCGGUAUGAAGGCUGUGUUGUCCCAUGUUGUUUAUACUUGCGUACUAUUGUUUGUACAGAUGAACGUGGUACCUUCAGGCAUUUACAAAUUGCUCCCAAGAAUGAACCAGACUUGUGGAGGUCUACAAUUGUUUUUCUGAGGUAUUUGGCUGAUUUAUUUUGAUUUCCCCAUGAUGUCAAGCAAAGCGGCACUGAGUUUGAAGGUGGGCCUUGAAUUUUCCAAGCUGUUUAAAGGCACAGUCAAUUCGUGUAUGUAAAAUUCUGACCCACUGGAAUUGUGAUUACAGUGAAUUGUGAAAUAAUCUGUCUGUAUACAAUUGUUGGAAAAAUUACUUGUGUCAUGUACAAAGUAGAUGUCCUAACCGACUUGCCAAAACUAUAGUUUGUUAACAAGAAAUUUGUGAAGUGGUUGAAAAAACUAGUUUUAAUGACUAGGAGGGAGGUUCCUUGAUGUGCAGAAGGGCAUGAGACAAAGGAAUGUGUAAGAUUGGGGAAAGUAGUGGUAUAGGUUAAUUGUAGGGGUGCCCAUUGGGCACAAGUAGGGGUGCCCAUGGGGUACAAGAAAUGUGUGAAGUGGUUGAAAAACAAGGUUUAAUGACUCCAAACUAAGUGUAUGUAAACUUUCGACUUCAACUGUAUAUAUUUUCUGGUUGCCUGAAUCACAGAGGUUGAAUAUAAACAUUUUGAACACAGAAGAACCAAUGCAGGAAGUAUUUCAGUAAUGGUCUGUGUCAUUAAAAAGCCCAUGCUGCUGUCUGUCUGCUGAGGGAGGACAGAGUGUAGCAACUUCCCCUUUAAACCCAAACACAGUGUCUGUAAGAACUGGAUGGACAUCUAGUGCAAUUAAACCUUGAUUCCUUUCAGCUCAACUCUAUCUCAUUCACUCUCAAGGAGUCACUCUGAAACUGAGCCAAUGCUGAAGAAGACCUACUGUAUAUAUCCUUGCUCAAAUGGAGUAAGGCCUCUCUCCACUUCAUGGGGAAAAAGGGAAAGUUAAAGAGGAAAUGGAUGAAUCCAUUCCUUAUAUUUGCCCAGCUGGGUUACAGAUUUGGGGUAAUUUUGAGUUUAAAUAUAUUUUUACAAUAUUUUUGUUUUAAUCAAAAAGAGGACGGCGUCGGUGCAUUUUGCUGGUAUCGUCAUAGGAAAUGGCGUGCUGCUUGCCUGAGAAAGAGGAUGUUGAAAGAACUUGAGAACGUGUCAGUUGAAGCGAUAGGGAAAUGCCUCGUGAGCAUUGUUAGCUGGAUUCUGACAUUCUUCUCAGAUUUUAUUUGCUCAGAUAUAAUACAUUAGCUUUUUGUCCUCAACAUUUCAAUAAUUUGAGAGUUUAAAUGCCAUAAUCUCAUAAUGUGUAUGGUCACAAGUUGUUUUUCUCUUUCUAAUUUACACUCAUACUGUCUGUCAACAUACAUGCACUGUCAACCGGGGCAUGCUGCAAUUAACUUUCAGUACUGGGUCUCAGAUCAAUAUGAAACUAGAGUUUCCUCCAUUUUUGGAUGAGGGGCCAUUGAGACAAUGUUAUUGGAUGAGUAUGUCCCUUGUUCUAGGAUCUUGGGGUAAGGAACUUCUUCUGAACUGUAUCAAAUGUUAUUUAUUUUUUACCAGUUAUAUACUGGGGCAGCACGUCAAUGUUUGUACCUACAUAUAUUAUUUAAGGAGAUGAAUGACAGAGGUAUUCACGAUGUACAUUUAUGAGGAAAAGCUUUCAUGAUACAGUGACAUGCAUUUAUAAUCAAUGUCAUAUACCUGCUUUCUCACUGAGCAGUUGAGUAUAGUGCACACACACACACACGACGUACGUGUACAGUCUUUGGAAAAGAGGGUGUGUCGUACUACAUUAGUAUUUUACUGACUGAAUGACUAUUUAACACAAAGUAGAAUGAUGACAAAUGUUUGUGAGGAUAAGGAACUACUAGCAUUGUCCUCAUCCAAAUGAAAAGUUGACUUUUCAAAAACUUGUGCACUUGAAUUUUGACUGUACUUUCAUUUAUAUGGUGGACACAAAUAAGCAUAUUUUUAAUGGUCUGUGAAACAAAAUAGGGAACUCAAGUCAUCAUAUUUGGCCUUGUCAUGCUCUCCAGUCUUCUUUUGUGAUGGUUGCCUUUUUAAAAUCAGAUUUGAAUUGCACAGUUUUGUUACCGCUUUUCCAAUGGAAUGUCCAAAAUAUGUUCUUUCUACAGUGUUUGUUUUGAUAAGCCCGCCUCAAUGUAAUUUCAACACAUGUUCAUUCUGAAAAGGAUCGCAUAAUUAUACACAAUUGUGUGGGGUGGAUUAUGGCAAUGAAUGUACAGUAAUCAACUAUUUCUCAGUGAAACGUGUGCCAGUAUAGAGCAGUGUUAACUGAAGCGCUAUACAUUUCCGUUGAACUAAACUGUACAAACCCUGACCAUGUUCUACUGUCGUCUCCUCUCCUUAUCAACUCUCCUCGAUGUUCACUGAUCUGAAAGGAUGAGGGGGGGAAAUAUGGUUACGGAGGGAGGGAUUAUGGAAAGGAAGCUAUGGUAGAGUUUUGGUAUAUAGUCACAAUGAGACCGUCAGCCCUCAGUACUGUGUGUUGUGGCCAUACAGUCCGUCUAUGGCUGUGGCGGUAUGCUCAUGCAUGAUCAUGUUCCUCUCUUCACACACCCUCUAUAAAUGCAUGUGGUAUUGCAUGGAGAUCACUGUAAACAAAUAGCAAUUUUAUUGCAAGCUAUAUUUUGUUUCUUGUUUUGAAAUCCAUGUACAUGAUGUCUAAACCCCAUUAGUAUUCUUCUGUACUUGUUGUUCAUGAUGUUAUCCAGCGAUGAUGAUUGUGAACAUGUGAAACAACUGUGGCUUAACACCCAGCACAGAAAUAUCCAAUUAGGGAAAUUAUACUUGAUAAUAAUCAGCACAGUUGCAAUAUGGGCAGUGCAAAUAAACAUGAAUACCUUACGUCUCGCAUUUCAUUGUAAUGGUGUAUUUCUUCAAGUAAUGGUCAUGUUUAUUAGUAAAAACCAAUAGAAGGUACACACCACUGGGGAUUGUACAAGAUAGGCUUUCAAAAUACUACUUUUCUCGUUUUGCAAGUUUUUACUGAAUGAAAGAUGGGGAAAUACAUCGUACAGAGAUGAUUCGGUGAACUGGGCCCUGGAUUGUUCAAAACAAUGUUUGGGUGAUGGCUGUUUACUUUUGUUGUUGGUCUUUGACAAUACAUGUAAAAUCUGUGAAGAUAUGGGUUGCUUUUUAUGAUUUGAAUGUUUUUGUUUUUAUUACAAUGUUCCAAAUGUAAUGAAGAUAUGGGGUCCAAUGUUCACCCAAAGAGAGAAAUAUACUAGAAAACACUCAGCAGCACCCCUGACCGGUUUGUGGAAAGGGAACGUUUACAAGUUGGCAAAAACAUGAAAGUUUUAAAAUUGAAUUCACACUUGUUGUUCUUAAUUUUACACACCUGAUGCCAUUUGCCUGAGUAAAGCAAUAUGCAGCAUUUUAAGUGUCAAUAAAUAUUCAGAAUUAAA